UUGUUAUAUUAUUUGUGAAGAAAAAAUGUAAAUAGGAAUCAAAACAUCUUAUUUAUAUGAUUUCAAUCAUAAAUAUAUAGUGAUUCGAUUUUGUGUAUCGUGUAUGAGUGCUAAUUGCUACCGAUAACAUUUCUGUUUCCAAGGAUAGAAGAAAAGGCAUAAAAUAUUGUUUAUUGUACAAGUUAGAAGAAGAGAAAAACUUAUCAAUUUAAGUUAUUAAUACUGUGCAGCAGGAACAUUUGUUAAACAAAUUGAUUGCCAAUCUGUGUUAUAGUGUUGAGUUUUUAUUUGUUUUGUUUUCUAGGUUAUAGUGCAGGCUUUGUUAUACUGUUUGUUGCAAAAAGUGAAAUUGCUAUAUUCCGUAUCUAUAAUUUUUUAUCUAAGAAAUCUACUGUUAUUUUUUUAGUGCACUUAAUUGCCAAGUAUUUCUCAAAAAGUUUUUAUCUAACCUAUUGGUCUAUUGAUUAUAAAACUAUAAAUUAACAAACCAAAGGUGUUGAUAGGAAGUGGUAUUUAGUGGUUACUGUUUUCAAGUUAAGUUAGUGUCCUUUAGAAUAAAAUUUGCUGCACAGUAUAUCAGGAUAUUUGGACAUUGUGAAAGAUUAAGGCGAUUGGUAUCCUGCAUUUUUACCUCAAACUUACCUAUCGAGAUAUCUUCUAGAAAAAAACUGCAAGAUGCCUAGAAUGAAGAAACAGUCAGCCAAGACUAAAAGCCUUUUAAAGAAAGCCAAAAAGGCAGAAAAUAUAUCUAAUCAGAGCAAGGAGAUUCAUAUUGAUGACUUGAAGAAUAAUGCAUCUGAACAAAUACAAAUACAAACUGGAGAGAUAUGUAUAGGUAAAAAUACCACUAAAAGGAAACAAACUGCUACUCAAGCUAAUGAUUUAAAACCUGAAAAGAAACGUAAAUUGACCAAUGAUUUAUCAAAGAGAAAACAGGAUAAGGUUGUUUGUUCUAUUAAUGAUAUUAUUCAAGAGACAGAUAUUCCAAAACAUCAAGAAAUAGAAACAAACAAAAAGGAAAUUGAGAAAGUUAAUUUAGAACAAGAAAACGAAAAAAAUAAAGAUGUUGAAGUAGUUUCCGAGCAUAACUCCAUCAUACCUAUAUCAUUACAUGAGCCUACACCUUUUGAAUUGGCUGUACGAGAGGGACCAACGGUUGUAUGUAGUUGCUGCUUAAGAUUGUGGUUUCCAUCUAUAUGUAAAACAAUAAACAUCCAGCGAUUGGAAGAUAAGUUUGGCUCCGAUUUUAUUCAUAAAAUUGUAAAUAAUGGUUACAAUUUUUGUGGCUCUUGCCUAACUAAUCUUUACAAAGGAAAACUACCCAAAUUCUGGUGUGGCAAUUAUAAAAUGGUUCAUGCUGUACCAGAAGAGUUAAAAGGAUUAUCAAUUUUGGAAGAAAGAAUGGUAUCGCCAAGAAUACCUUUUAUGCAAAUCAGGGAAGUUGGAUAUGCCAGGCAAUGCUACAUAACAGGACAAAUUGUUAAUGUACCAGUAAAUAUAAAUACAUCCACUACAUUACUUCCUCGGAAUUUAAAUGAUAGCCAAACCAUACAGAUCCAGUUAAAACGUAAAUUGGAUUAUAAAAAUGCUUAUCUAUUUGAAACUGUGAGGCCAAAAAUAAUCUUGAAGGCAGCUGAAUAUUUGUGCAAGCAACCUCUUUACCAGCAAGAGGGUAUAGAACUUUCUGUUUCAAAGGAUUGGGAACAAAGCAUUGAAGAUUUUAUAAAAACUUCAGGUGGUCUUUGUGAAAUAAAUAAAAUGUCAUCUGAGUUAUUGAAUAAAGAUGUCGAAAAAAUGAAAGUUAAUGAAGGAGAUACAUCACUCACAAAUAUCUUUGAUCCAGUUAGCAUAAUAAAUAAUUCAAAUGAUAAGCAAAAUAUUUAUGACUUAACUGAAUUUUUAGAAGUUGAUGAGCCAGUGAAUCCUGGUGGUCAAGAAACUCUUCUAGAUAAAUGUAAUUCAGAAAAUAUCUGUUUUGCACCAGGAGAAGGAAAAACGCCACUGCAUUUAAUGAUGGACAAAUACAGUGAUGAAUUGUCAUUUCCAUCACUAUUUUGUGGAUACGCUAAAGAAUGUUUUGUUAACUUUAGUUACUCGGACGAAGUUAAAAUAUUACUGCAACACAUGGACCGAAGAUUUGCAAGAACUGAUUUUCUACUAUACGCAUUUAAAAAAUGCCAAUUAAUACAACUAACAAAAGCGGUUUACACAGCCCUAAGAAAAAAGAAGAAUGAGAAAGGGACAUAUACAGCUGGACAAGUUAGGCAAACAAACUUUGUUGAGCACCUGAUUCAAAAUGACCAAGGAUUCCAUUUUCUUAGUAAGGUCAGAAGUUCACCUGCAUAUUGGCAACGAGAAAAAACAAAAUUGCUGUGUAUGAUUCGUCAGUUUGGAAUUCCAACUUUGUUUUUUACUAUAUCUGCGGCAGAAACGGCAUGGCCUGAAUUGAUCGUCAUAUUAGCAAAGAUAGUAGAUAAUAAAGAACUUACCCUUGAGGAAGCAAGUAAUCUACCCUAUAUCGAGAAGACUCGUUUAAUUAGAAAAGAUCCCGUAACAUGUGCUAGGUACUUCGAUAAUCGGUUUAAAUUGUUGUUUAAACAUAUGAAGAGUGCCAAUGGACCUUUUAAAAAGAACCCAAUAGAACAUCACUAUUAUCGGGUAGAAUUUCAGCAUCGUGGGUCCCCACAUGUGCAUGGAUUAUUGUGGUUGUCUAAUGCUCCCAAAUUAGGUGUGACGCCAGAGAGCUUCAAGGAGUGUGCCGAUUUCGCAAAUAGGUAUAUUACCUGCCAGAGUGACUUAGAAAGCGUACGCGACAUUAUUCAGUUUAAUACACACCACCAUUCCAAGUCAUGUCAAAAAGAUGUUAAGGGAUACAAAGUUUGUAGGUAUCAUAUCCCAUAUCUCCCAAUGGAUGAGUCUGUUAUACUCAUGCCAAUUAAUAUUGACAGAGUAAAGGAACCAGAACUACGUAAAGCCAUGUCUGAAAAGUAUUUUACGAUAAUGACGAAACUUAAAGCCAAACCAGAUUUAUCAUUUAAAGAAUUUUUGGAUGAUCUUGGUACCUCUAAAGAAGAAUAUGUAAAUAUUAUUCAACACAAUAUAUUCAAACCAACAUUGUUUUUAAAGAGGCAGCCAAAAGACGGAUUUAUUAAUAAUUAUAAUGAGGAAAUCUUUUCCAUGAUGAAAAGUAACAUGGAUAUACAAUUAGUCUACGAGCCAUAUGGUUGCUGCUCUUAUAUUGUAGGCUACAUCAAUAAAUCGUCACGAGGAGUAUCUGACCUAUUAAUGAAGACAAUGGAGGAAAUUAAAAAAGGCAACUUGGAUAUUAAAAGCAAACUCAAGACUCUUGCAGCAGCUUUUUUAAAUGCCAGUGAGGUAAGUGCUCAAGAAGCAGCAUACUCAGUGUUGCAAUUGCACAUGCAUGACACUAGUACCUCUUACAUAUACAUUCCUACAAGCCCAAUUAAAGAAAGGACAAAAAUGCUAAAGAGCUUAGAAGAACUAAAUCAGAUGGAUAGUGAUGAUAUUAACAUAUACCAAAAGGGGCUAAUAGAACAUUAUGAAGCAAGACCCGACGAAAUGGAAAAUAUUUGCUUAGCAGAAUUCGCAGCCUACUACGAAUUUUUUAAAAAAGAGGCAAGAACGAAAAUCAAUAGUUUACCCCUAAAAGACGGUAGUGGCGUCUUAGUAAGAAGAAACUGCGCUAAAAUUAUUUCCUAUCGUCAAUACGGACUUCAAGAAGACCCCAAAAACUACUACAGGGAGCAGAUCAUGUUGUAUCUUCCAUGGAGAAAUGAAGUGGAUGAAAUAGAACAGGAAAAUAUAGAUCAACAAACCAUAUAUGAAGAUCGAUUUGAAGAACUUUCUAUAAAUCGUAAAAAAUUCAAUGUAUUAGAUGAGAAGAUAAUUGAUGACGCCCUCAAACUUGCUGAAGAGAAAUCAGAUGCAUUAGUUCAUAACGGAUUCGAUGGAGAAAUCGAUAGUGAGUUUGGUGUAUAUGGUUUAGACAAGCCUAUAUAUGAUCCAUUUAGUUGUGUUGGUCAAGAUGAUGAUUCUCCAGUAAAACAUGUAGUAUUUCCAACACCUUAUCAAAUAAGUGACUUAGAAUAUUAUUCGCUUAUAGGUAAGCUAAACCAUAAGCAAUACCAUUUUUUAAAUAUUGUGCAAGAUAGUAUAAUAGAGGGAAAAACUUUCUACUGUAUACUUAGUGGAUCCGCUGGUACAGGAAAAAGUCAUCUAAUCACAGCAAUUACUCAGUCGCUGUUGCGACAUUACAACUCGAUUCCAGGAAACAAUCCUACCAGUCUUAAAGUUUUGCUUUGCGCUCCGACAGGCAAAGCCGCAUUUAAUAUUGGAGGCAUCACCCUACACUCGGCAUUAUCUCUUCCUAUAUCUCAAUAUGGUGAAGAAUUAGUUCCUUUGAGCCACGAACUAGUUAAUACGAUUUAUUGUAAUUUACGUGAUUUGAAGUUAAUUAUAAUCGAUGAAUAUUCCAUGGUAGGCGCCAGAAUGUUUGACCAUAUUAAUAGUAGAUUACAGCAAAUAUUUAAAUCUGAUGCUGUCUUUGGUAAUAUCCCUAUUAUUAUGUGUGGAGACAUUCGCCAACUUCCACCAGUGAGGGACGUAUUUAUAUUUUUGCCAGUGAAAUCAAAUCCGUACAAGGAGCUAUGUGGCACAUAUUUGUGGGACCAUUUUAAAUAUUUCGAAUUGACUGAGAUAAUGAGACAAAGUGAAGAUAAAGCUUUUGCCGUAGCCCUAAACAAUAUGGCUCUUGGCAAAAUGACUAAUAAGGAUAUAGAGCUUAUAAAAUCAAGAGAAGUUCAUACAGAUCUAAUUCCUGAAAAUGCAAUGCACCUAUUUGCCACUAAUAAGGAAGUAGAUGCAUUUAAUGAAAAAAAACUGUCCACAUAUAAAACAGAAAGGGCAAUAAGUGAGGCUCGAGAUAUCAUAAAGGGAAGUUGCUCUGAUCGCUUAAAACACUUAUUUAUGGAAUAUGCUAAAGGGUUAAAAAAAGAAGAAAGUUUUGGCUUAAUGUUAACAUUAAUUCUACAAGUAGAUGCCAAAUACAUGAUAUCUAUGAAUAUAGAUACUAGUGACGGCAUAGUUAAUGGUGCAACUGGUAUUCUACGCCAAAUAGAUUUUAAUCAAAACCAGAUUCCAUAUCGAGUUUGGAUUGAAUUUUUCGAUGACAAAUCUGGCAAAGAAUGCAGAAACAAAGCACAAUCCCUUAUGAAAUCUAAACAUAUUCCAUCCACUUGGACGCCAAUAGAAAAAGCCGCAAGAGCUAUUAAGAUUAAAAAAGGCAGCAACGUACAUGUUGAACGACUUCAAUUUCCUCUGUUAAUCAGCGAGGGAAUUACUAUUCAUAAAAGUCAAGGCGCAACCUAUGAGCAAGUUGCUGUCCAUACUGGCAGUGGGCUGACCAGAAGCAGUACCUACGUUGCUUGUAGUCGGGCCACUAAGCUUAGCGGCCUCUAUAUUGUUGGAAACUUCAAGGCUCCAAAACCGCCAAACGAAGAUAAUGCAGCUUUUAAGGAAUUAGUAAUUAUGCAAACAAAUAAACUUAUGACAUCAAAGUAUGACACUCAAUUUAUUAAGGAUUCAAAUGUUAAAUGCAUAAUUGCUUACCAUAAUGUGCAGAGUUUCUCAAAAAAUAUUAGUCUUAUCAGUAAUAAUCCAAUUUUUAAAGACGCACAUAUAUUAAUUUUUGUUGAAACAUGGUUGCAUAAGAACAAACAAAAUUUAAAAUUAAAUAACUUUGAAGUUUUUGCCAAUUUAAUUAAUGAUCAAAGUGUCAGUAAACCUUUCGGAAUUAUUUGUUACAAGAAACUAGAUAUACCAGUGGAAAUAAAAUUAGUGAAAAAAUAUGUAAAAAACUUCUCUGGUAUACUUUUUCAAGCCAUUUCAUUUUUAUUGAAUGAUAUAAAUGUUAUAGCAGUUUAUAUUCCACCAAAACUGACUGUUAUAGAAGCAAAAAUUUGUUUAAACGAAAUUCUUAUUGGGCAACAAGGGGACAUUUUAAUCAUUGGAGAUUUUAAUAAGGAUAUUAUUAAUAACUGUGAUAAUGGUCUAAAACAUUGCUUAAUAUCAAAAGGCCUUACUUCAAAACUUGACAUUGGUGAGUCUACUACUAAAUCAAAAACCCAAAUUGAUUGGCUAUUCAGUAAUUUUAAUAAUUUAAGUCACAAUAUUUAUAACACGGUAUAUAGUCACCAUAAAUCAAUAGUGGUUAGUCUUUAUGACAAUGGUUUUAUUCCAAAGCGUCAGUUAGAUAAAGCGAACAACGAUGAUCUAACAAAAUCUCUUAUCAAAAGUCGAUUUAGAACUAGUCACACUUUAACUCAAAAUGUUUUAUCUGAUUCCAUCUAUCAAAAUGAAAGUGUAAAUAAUGACAUCGUAAUAGAUCUUAGUUCGGAUGAGGAUAAUAUUCCUUAUGUAAUAAAUAAACCACCCGGAUUAGUAAACGAUGAUAAGGUGUCCUGUUAUGCAAAUAGUGUUAUUCAAUCAUUUUUAUGUUUGCCCGAAUUUCGCGCUUCUAUUUCAAAGAAGAAUACAGCAUUAAAUAAUAUUUUAAAUGAUAUUUUGCUGAAAAAAAUUAAUUGCACUGCAACAGUUCGUCGAUUAGUAACUGGACCACAUAGUGACGAUUUUACUGAAAAUCAACAAAAGGAUGCCCAAUCAUUUUGCCAGGCUUUGAUUCAAAAAUUAGACGUAGAUGAUUUUGGGAUUUUUAUAAAAGCUACCACCUAUGAACUCCUAAAUUGUCAAGGUUGUGAUAUUAAUACAAAUGGGGGCGAACAACUAAUAUACACACAUUUUCUUUAUUUUCCGGAAAACUGUGAUGAUGUGAUUGAUUUUAAUUCGAUGUUAAUGUUAAAAGACUCUGAUAGGCUUUGCCCUAAUUGUAAUAAUUGUAAUCUAAGAACACGCGCAGUAGUUGUUUGCAUCAAAUAUUUAGUGGUGUGUCUUCAGAGAAUUAGUCCUCAAGGUAGUAAGAUAAACACCAAAUUUUUCAAUUUUGCCCCUGAAAGUAUACAUCUGGAUAAUCAAAUAUUUAAAGUAAGGAGUGUUAUUAGACAUCAUGGAAAUACCAUAGAAUCAGGCCAUUAUACUUGUUUAGUAAAUUAUGAUGAUCAAUGGUGGAAAUGCGAUGACAAUCGUAUAACAAGAAUAUCUAGCUUCGAUAACACUUUAGAAGAUGUAUAUUUAUUAGUCUUGGAAAAAUGUUAAAUUUCGAAACUAGAUAUCAUCCUACAUGAAAACCGAUACUACUAGCCUAUACAGGCGACCACACAAGAUGAGGACAAUUUUUUCAAAUCCACGCCACGCCAAUAUGCACAAAAUCAAUACAGAGAUUUUGACAGCAUAUUUUAGAAGGAUGGACGAAUUUGAGGAUAUUAAUGUGUUUUUCAGAUCCACGCCACGCCAAUAUGCACAAAAUCGAUACAGAGAUUUUGACAGCAUAUUUUAGAAGGAUGGACGAAUUUGAGGAUUAAUAUGUUUUUCAGAUCCACGCCACGCCAAUAUGCACAAAAUCGAUACAGAGAUUUUGACAGCAUAUUUAAGAAGGAUGGACGAAUUUAAGGAUAAAUGUCUUUUUUUAAAUCCACGCCAAUAUGCACAAAAUCAACACAGAGGUUUUGAUGCUUAUUUUAAAAGGCUGAACGAAUUUAAGGAUUGAUGUCUUUUUCAAAUCCACGCCACGCCAAUAUGCACAAAAUCGAGACAGAGAUUUUGACAGCAUAUUUUAGAAGGAUGGACGAAUUUAAGGAUAAAGAAUAUUUUUCAAAUCUCGUUUAAUUUAUGAGAACCCUCAGUAAACAUCUUUAUUUUCUUCUUUGUAUGGGCCAUUAUAUUUAUAUGGUCAUAUUCUAAUACAUUUUAAACUAACAUAAAACACAUAUUCUAUUUUUUACAUAAAAAUAAAAUAAACAAAUAUCAAGAAUGCUAGAUCUUAGUAGGAUUCACAUAAAUUUCUAUUUAUGGUUUGAUUUUUUCUCUGCCAUAAUAUAGCAGUAUAUUAUUUUACUGGCAAUAUAAUGACUUUUUUUAUUUUUUUUUUAUAUUAAAAAUAAGUUUUUCUUUUUUUUUUAAAUAACAUCCCGAAAUCGUAUUUCUAAUUUAAAAAGAAAACUGUAACGACUCGGGAUGUUAAGCUUUUUGGUUAGGAUAAUGUCUUCCUUCACCUUAUGUACCAGUAAGAACCAAAUGCUAUGCAUUUGGUCGAUACUGGAACUUCUUCGACAUGAGAAUCUUCGGAUAGUAUUUUAAAUCGAUUUUAAAUUUCUGUUUUGAUCUUCACCAACACAUUUGACUCUAGGUUGAAAAAAUCAUUAAAAUUUUCAUCAUCAUUCAAGUUCAAUCUAUAAUAAGCUAACGUGAAGUGGUAAAUCAUUUUCUAAAUCAAAUGUAAAAGCCGCUUUGUGGAGGCAAUUUUGAACAGCUUCUUUUUUACGUAAUCUUAAUGGGCUUUGACAAAGUAAAUUGCAGUGGAGUCACUUUUCUAAUAUUCUCAAAAGGUGUCCCAGCAGUUUUAAUGUUUAAAAUUUCUCAGAAAGAAAUAUGUAAAAAAAAAUUUGACACCGCACGAAGAAAUCCACCUAAACGUCAAAAAAUCCAAUUUUUCAUUUUCAAUUCAUUCUUAUAGAUCUUGAGCUGAUUUUUAACGACAUUUUGCAUUCGGAAAUUUUGUAAUACUUUAAAUAACGAAAUUGUUGAAUUUCAAAGUUUGGUAUUUCCCACUGUUCUUCAACAUGCGCACGGACUACGGAGCGAUCUUCUUUCCCCGUUCCACUUACGUCUCCUGUACAAACGAUUCCAUCCCGUAUGCUCGUUGAGAAACGAGGCGACCAUUUCACGGCUGUCCUGUGAAGCUUUUCUAUGUAUGCUUAGGUGGAUUUCUUCGUGCCGCGUCACAAUUAUUAUGUCUACUUCUACAUUUCAGACCUAAAAGUAUUUCAAAAGGUAACAUUUAUUUGUUACUUUCUGAAAUAUCAAACAUUUUUCGGAUAUGUAUCACCCAGUAAGGACGAAACUAUAUGUUGGCAGUAUAUCCAUAUGGCAGCAGUAUAGCCUGGCUUCAGUAUCCACAUUAAGAAUUCAAAUUAUGCCUCAGCUAGGAAGGAUGACUUGCCAGGACUUACAUCUCCCAAUUAUCCAGUUUAUUGAACUUAUACUAUAAUGCAUAUAAUACAAGGAAUAUAAACAGAAAGCAAGUAAUUGUAUUUUAACUGUAUUUCCUUGAAACUGUAUGACCUAUGAAGAUUGGUAAGAGUAUAUUUUUAACUAUUCACUAUAAUAUUAUUUAAAAAUCCUUCUUAUAUUUAUGUCAAGUUAAUUUUAAAUCUGGUUUUUGUGGUUUAUCUAGUACAACUGUUUACGUCAAAUGCUGCAGACAUAUUAUGCAUUUUAGCACACUUAGAUUAGA